UUCUCAAAUAAAAGCUCAGCUUCGUAAGAAAGCUUAUGAAGAUGCUGGACUGCCAGUCCCUGCAGAAGAGAAAUCUCCAAAGAAAACUACACAGAAGCAGCAAGCUUCCGGAAGAGGAGAGCCUCAAGCAAAGAAACAGAAGACAGCUGAGGUAACAUUGAGUGCACUAAAUGCACCCGAGGGUGAUGUUGAUAUUGAGGGAAUUGGGGACCCUCAUCCCAGGAAACUAGAUUUUGAUUCAGACGUAGAUUCCAGCAUGCUGUGAUGAACUGAAGACCAGAAAGAUGUAAUCACAGUAAAUAACAGUGCCAGUCUGUGCUAGAAGGGACAAUAAAUGCUUCCCUCAACUGAGGAGGUUAUGUUGUUAUCAAUUUGUUUGUUUGAUAAUGGAACAAUAUAUCUUGAAAUGUUUUUCCAAAUUUUGUCUCUUGUUGAUAUGUUGCUGUAAUGAGAUUUUUCCGUCUAUCAGUGGAUUUCCAACUUCUUGGGAGCCAAAAAUAUCAUAUUAGAGGUCGAUGCAGAGGGCCCCCUGGAUCUCAAGCCACAUUUUCAGACUUUUUCACUGAAUGGCAGUUCCAUCCCUGUUGUUGUCAUUACAAACUUGUAAAUACCAUGACAUAAGUGUAAGAUGGGGGCUUUACUCACAGGAUGCCAUUAGUAAUAGAGUUUUAAAAAAUGUUUUAAGAAACUGUAUGAAGCCAGUUACUUUCAGUUGUUGUGCAUAUUUAAACAGUUACAUGGUGUACAAGGUACUUGUUAAGUAGUGUAGAUUAAUAGGCUGAUGUAAAUUUGUCUACCCAUGUAGAUUUAUUAAUAACAAAUUCACUUUUGUAUUCUCUGGAUUUAGUUACAAAUUUAAAGUAUUGUUAGCUCUCUGCUGCAUCUGUGGUCUUUUUCACAUUGACAGCUUGAUGAGCAACUGAACAGUGCUUUUUAAUUUUGAUUCAAAAUUUACCAAAUUAAGCCUUGGUAUUUUUGUAUAGGCUUCUUAUGCAAGCAAUAACUUUCUUGUGUAAAGGUGACAGCCCACGGGUCUUUACUGCAGCAAAUAGAACUUGGAACAAAAGUCUGUAUUUAUUUCUUAAAUGAAGUCUUACAGGCUUUUAUUGCCAAUCUGUAGCAAGCACACAGCAGGACUUUGGAUAUUUUAUUGUUUAAUAUUUAUUAAGCAGCGUAUAGUUUUCAAAUAUUGAGAUCGACUGAAUGUAAUAAACACACCUACAAGCAUUU